GUUACAUUCACCUUUUCCUUGUUUUUGUUGAUUUUUGUCCAAAUUCGCACAACGAAGGAAAUUUUCCUCCUCCAAAAUGACCCUUGAGAUCGAUGGCAGUAUUCUUGAAGGCGGCGGUCAAAUCCUCCGAAUCGCCCUCAGCUUAAGCGCCCUUUGCCGAAUCCCGGUUCGCAUCACAAAAAUCCGUGCAAAUCGCGCAAAAGGCGGUCUAGCUGCCCAACAUCUCAAGGGAAUCGAGCUUUUACGUGACAUUUGUCAAGCCAAUGUGCGCGGAGCUGAACUCGGAAGCUCCCAAAUCGAGUUCGAGCCUAAAACGAUUCGAGGCGGCACUUUCACAGCAGAUACAAAAACUGCCGGCAGUAUUGGGCUUUUGUUGCAAAUUUCCUUGCCGGUUUGCUUGUUUGCUGACCGUGAAGUGACCUUGGAAUUGAAGGGCGGCACAAAUUGCGAAAUGGCACCGCAAAUUGAUGAGAUGACGGAAAUUCUGAGACCGAAUCUGGAAAAAUUCGGGGCAACUUUUGACUUUGAUCUUCUUCGUCGGGGGUAUUUUCCGAAAGGGGGCGGGCAUUGUGUGAUCAAAUGUCGUCCCGUAAAGUCCUUGAAAGCUGUAGAAAUUACAAAUUUUGGUGAUUACAUGAAAAUUUAUGGAUGGAAUUACGUGGCGGGGACUUUGCCGCUUAAUUUAGCGCACGACAUGGCAAAUGGGGCAAAGAAUAAAAUGCAAAACCUUCCAGUUCGAGCGAAUAUUGAGGUUUAUAAGGAAGAUCCAGCAAUCGCAAGAGACAAUUGUUCAGGAAUUAUUCUUUGCACUGAAACUACCACAGGAUGCUUCAUCGGGAGCGGCAGAAUCGGUAGUCGAAAGGAAUCCAGUAAAGUCACGGGCGAAAAAGCAGCUCUGGAAAUGCUUUACGCGACAAAUAGUGGCGCCUGCGUCGACUCCCACGUGCAAGAUCAACUGAUAAUCUUCAUGGCACUCGCCAAAGGUACAAGCCGGGUCAGGACCCUACCUUUAACGCUACAUACAAAGACCGCAAUUCACGUUUGCGAGUUAAUGACCAAAGCCAAAUUUCGUGUUGUUGAGGAAGGACAGACUUGUGUCAUCGAAUGUGAUGGAAUUGGACUCGAAAAUUCCAAUUAAAAUCGUUUUUUGUACAUUUUUGUGUGAUUUUUGUGAAUAAAUUUUGAUUUUU